UCGAAAUAUUACAUAUAUCAACAGGUUGAAGUAUCUGUUUCUUGUAACAAAGAUGUGUGUUUACUAUUACAGGCGAGUAUUUUUCGAACUUUUCGCGUCAAACGGAACGUUUCACCAUCUUACAACAAAAACUAAACGCGGUAUUCACAAAAACUUGUAGCGUAUUCUGAAGAGUACAUCAGAUUCUGAAAAGAGGAUAGUUCACCCGUGUAUCGCCGUUCGGACCCUGUAAGCAUGAAAGCUGCUCAUCUGAUAUAAUCUUCGAAUUCAAUUUUGGAAGAGGCGAAUGUGUGAGUUUUUUGCCUCGAAGCUCUACAAGUUUUUGGCAAGAAGGCUCAUUCUUUUAUGUUAACGCGGUUUGAGCAGUGAAAUUAUGGCUUUAUGUGGUGUACACUGUAGCCGUUUUACUUAAAACGUCCAGUGAAAAGAUUGAAAUUGACGCAACCUGAUGGAGCACUGGUUUCAAUACAGUUUGGCAGAUGUUUACAAAUCUAGCCGGGUUUCAUCCGUGCGCGACUGUGAAGACAUUCAGCAAGCUAAUAACAAGGAGAAGUCAAAUGAUACUGAUAAAAAGCGGAGUCGACUUUUCGAGAUAACAGAAAAAUCGAUCGUGAGGAAAGAACUUGCGUCAACAUUUUAGCCGCUCAAUUAAAAUACUUUGUCCGUUCACCGAU